AUGUCAACAAAUUCAACUAAUCAUGAGAAUCAUCAUCAAGAAUUGGUGUCAGAUCAAUAAUAGGACAAUUUACAUUAAGCCAGAUAAAUAUAAUUUUAAAAGGCAUUAGAAUAAAGUUUAAGAAGCUAUGUCCAAUAUUCUUAAUAGCAAAAUCAGCUUCGAUUCGUUUAUCACCUAAUAUUUGUGCUAGCUAUAUAUUAAAUGGCAGAACUCAUUCUAUGCGUAAUCUCUCUUGGUUUCACCUAGAGAAAUCACCCCUUAUUCUAUAUUAGCAUCAUCUCAAUAUCAAUUAAUGUAAUUUCCCUAAUACCUUCUCUAUAUUAUUUAAAACUUUUUCAUCAAAAUGAAAUCGAAUAUUUAGAAGGAUUGCUAUGGUUUUAAUAUGAUAUAGAGUAAAGGCCUGAUUAUGAAAUUAAAUAGAUAUUGCAAAAAUCUCAUUGUUUUUGCUGUUACCUAACGAUUCUAACUAUAUUCUUAUAACUUUGUUUAUUAGUAAUGAUUAUUUUGGGAUAAUAAAAAUUCCAAAGUUCAAUUUCAGAAUAACCUUUAAUAAUUGGGUUGUCUUUUCAAUUUAUGACCACAGCAAGAAUCUUAGUUAUAUUUAUAGGGACAAUAUUGACCAUAGUUACUUUUAUUUCAAAAAGAUUAUAUAAUCAGAUCUACUUGUAAAUAGCUAAUCUUCAAGAAUUAGAAUAUGAAUAAUUUUCACCUUUAAACAAAUAUGAAGUCUAAUUGGUGGAUGAGGAUUCACUCUCUCAAUUAUCUUAAAUUUAAUGUACCAUUUGUCUACAUAAUUUUGAAAUCCACGAAGAGUACUAUACGCUAAAAUGUCAUUCCCUUCACAUUUUCCAUAAGCCAUGUUUAACUGAAUGGGUAGUAGUCAAUUAAACAUGUCCAACUUGUAGGUCUGCUGUUUGA